GUCCAGCGGCAAAGCAUUGUGGGUCACGGCGGUGACAGACGCCAUGAUUACGGUAUCUGGACCAGAAAAUGGAUGCUUCCUUCUUCCCUUGAAUGGGUGUUUAUCUCUCCCGCCGGGAGUUGCUGGGUAUUUUUCACGACCCGCUUCGGAAGUCCGGCAACGGACGGAAACCCGGAUGUCGGUUCUCCCGAAGGACGGAAUGUGCUGGAAAACUACAUGAGCUAGUUGAAGUGCGUCUAAGUUAGCUGGAGGCUAGGCGGCUAACGCGAGGAGUCUCUAGCUGGUUAUAAGCUACUCGUAAUCUUUGUUUAUACAGGUAGAGCCUCGGUCCGCUGCUCAGCUGACGUACAGGCGUGCAGACUGUACCACGGGCUGCACCUUAAGAUUCAUCUUCUUCCCACCACAUCCAGUCAUUGCGCGUCUCGGGCCCGGCCCAAAGCUCACGUCUCGGUGCAGGCUGGCGUCAGGUGGUGUUGCUUUGUGCAGAGGAGGUCUGAUCCUCCGUCUGCAGCAUGGUGUAUUAACCCACUGUGUUCACGUGUUUACGUGUGCUUGUCUGUGGCCUCAGUUACAGGUAUGGCCUGCAUUUGAUUUGGACGGCCUAGGUGAUGGCAGAAGAGACCGACUCUGGCGAAAUGCCCUCCUUUGACCCAAGUCCUAGUUCUGAAGCAAAAAAGAGACCUACUCUUUCUGAUGGCAGAGACGAGCCCAUGCGGAAAAUGCCUGCAUCAAAAUUUGGUUUCAGUUCCCGAUUUGAGCCUGUACAUUUCGUUAGUGGUGGAAGCAGUGGAGGAACCUAUGCGGAUGAGAAGGAGAACGAUAAGGAGCGAAGGAGGAGUGAGAUGUACUGCGUGAGAAAGUCUGACUCUGAACACGCCUCCUACGGCAGCACCAGCAAAGCACAGGGCUCUUUUCUGAGGCCUGCUUUUGACAGAGUGCCCUCCUACAGUUCUGACCCGUGGGGUACCCAUCGAGAUGGAUACCGGGACCGAGAGAUUUCAAGUGGCACGAGUGGUUUAGGUUAUGGCUCACGAGGGUUCACUUCAAACUUUAUGGCAAAAACACAGCAGGACUACACAACCAGGUAUGAAGCGCAUACUUCUCGGGUUUCAGACACUUACUGUCAGCCCCACAGGUACAAUGGCUAUGGGGGAGGUAGCAGAUCAGGAGGCUGGGAUUCAGGACGUCAGGGUUUGGGAUACGGUAAUCAAGAUCGGCCAUCAUCCAACAGGCCUUUCAGCAGAGUCUACAGCAACCCAGACCGGAGCAGCCCUACCAUGUCUCAGUCAGGCUCUUUAUCUCAGCCACUUCCUAUUUCUCAGUUAACAUUGGAUGAAAAGCAAAGGCUGAUCGCCAGUGUAGCAUCUGCACUGGAUGUUGCUUUUAGGGACCCUUUGUUUAUGACUGGAAGUGACUCCCCAAACUUUAAUUUCAUGUUAAGUCGCAGUAUUCAGGCCUGCAAGACCAAUCCCGAGUAUAUUUAUGUUAAUUUGAAGGAUAUUCCGCAGACUGAUCUACCGAAGAACAGGAAAGUUCCGACAGAUGGCUACGCCUGUGAACUGAGAUGCCAGGGUGUGUAUCUGGCUACUGGAUACUCUGGCAGUAAAAAUGGGGCACGGGACAGAGCCUCCGAACAAGCUGUCAAACUUUUUCUGAAACCAGUUGAGGUUCGUGUUGUUCAGCGCAAAUACAGGCACUCCAUAGUCAAUGACAUGGUUGUGUGCCAGAUGCUUAGCCCAACCCCUGCCUUUUUACCUGCACUUCGCAACCCAGAGGAUAAACCAACACCCAGCUCUAAGGGCCAGUAUGAGCCUGACAAGGGCAAACACUGGACAGAGUUUGUAGUUAUGGACAAUGCUCACGAUGCCAUCUGCAUACUCAACAAUUCUGCAGCAUUUAAUCGUAUGAAGAUAGACUACAAGUUUGACCAUCUCCCCAACAGUGCUUGGCGUUGCAGUGUUUUCCUGCAGGAUGAGCUCGUGGCGCAGGCAACGGGCACUAAAAAGGGCUCAAAACAUGCGGCAGCUGAAGACGCGGUGAGGAAACUUCGCAUGAACCAAGCACAACGACAGCUGCUGCAGCAGGAGGUGCAACAGAAGCCACACUAUAGAGGGAGUAAUCGGUCCGAUUCUGGUGGGCGCUUUGGACAACAGGUUGGCAAAAAAAAGCACUUGAGUGAGCUGGUCAUCCUGGAAAACUCUGACAAUGCAAUCUGCAUCAUUAAUGACACAGCCCAGUUCAAUAAAGUGACUGCUGAUUAUAAGUUUACUGUUCUCCCUGAUCAUCGCUGGAGGUGCGAAGUUUACUUGGAAGGACAGUUUGUGGCGGCAGGAAUUGGGCCAAAGAAAAUAGUGAAGCACAUAGCAGCAGAUGAAGCUCUGGCCACGCUGAGACAGACACAGGCUGUGGUGAAGUCUACCCUAAGGAAGGAGGAUCACAGUGAUGCCAUAUCCAGAUCGCAGAUCCUCAGUCGCGCUGGUGAAGAGGCCACAAGACAGGAAAUAAAGGAAGACAACAUUGGGAACCAGCUGCUACGCAAGAUGGGAUGGAAGGGUGGUGGUCUGGGUCGAGAUGGGGAAGGCAUCGCAGAACCGAUCAGAGUGAAGGAGCAGUUCUCCAGAGAAGGACUGGGUAUGGACAUGGACAAAGCUGGAAACCAGCUCCUCAAGCGUGAUAUUGAAGACAUAAUCCGGAACUACGCAAGCUCAGAUCGUCAGGACGACCUUCGCUUCUCACCUGACCUCACCAAUGACGAGCGCAAACAGAUCCACCAAAUAUCUCAGAAGUACGGCCUACGGAGUAAAUCGUACGGGCAGGGAAAGCAGAGGUUUCUUGUCGUCAGUCGGAAAGUGCACAAAGAACAGCUCAUAGAUCAGCUUUUACAGGAGGGACAGGUGGGAAGAUAUGAGCUGGUGAAACCUCAGGCCUCUCACUGAAAUGCAUGACAACAUUUGGAAAGAGUCAAUACAGUCGUUGGUGCGGACUUCAGCGUAAACGAAACGCGACCACAACAAGUGUGACAGAUUUAUAACACACACACACACAAAUGACUCUUUCAGGUAUCCCCUACAGUUUCUGCAUUCCUUUGCCAUAAAAUGUGUUUGCUUUAUCGGGAGCUUCAGGACAAGUCUCCUGCCAUUCCACAUAUCGAGGUAUGUUUGUAAAAGUUUUGCAAAGCCUUGCGUUCAGUGCUCUGUGGUAUCCUCUCCUGAUGAUGCUCUCAUUACACCAUGAGUUUAAAAAAAUCUAUUUGUUUCGUGACUAUUUAAGAAACCUGGCAGAACUUGCAGCUUUUGACUGGUGUUUGAACAUUUAGAGCUGACUCAGAAGACAAGGAUCGAACAGACAUUGACAUCAAACAUGUAGCUAGGUGCUCAUACUAGUCUCAUUGUAGUGACACAUAUGAACUCAGCAAUACCUGCAAUGUUGUUUGCUACAAGCUGCAUCUGUGAUCAGAAAGUCUUCACAUGGAAACUCUGAGCUGUGAUCUUUGUCAAAUGUCCAAUGUAUUGGUUCAUGUGAGUACAUUUAACUUGUCUGCUUGUUUUCACAGCUGUAAUAACUAAAUAAAUUAAAACUGACAACCAUCAA